AUGCAAAAGAACCCACGUGCCAACUAUUUUUGCAGGCAUGAAAGACGUCAUCCUGGCAAGAAGCCACCUGAAUAUACUCAAGAUGGUAAAUCCUUUGGAUAUCAGAAUCAUCCUCUAAGGCAUGAAAGAAUACGUACUGGAGAGAAACCCUGUGAAGAUAUUCAAUGUGGUGAAACCUUUGCAUAUCGCGACAGCCUUCGAAUACAUAAAAGAACACAGGCUGGAGGAAAACCCUAUGAGUGCAACCAGUGUGGUAAAGCCUUUUCACGAAGCAGUCAUCUCUCACGACAUGAAAGAAUACAUACUGGAGAGAAACCAUACAAAUGUAAUCAUUGUGAUAAAGCCUUUUCACGGCACAGUAGUCUCCAAAUACAUGAAAGAACACAUACCGGAGAGAAACCGUAUGUAUGUAGUCAAUGUGGUGUGGCGUUUGCAUGUCACAGUACUCUCCAAAUACAUAAAAGAACACAUACGGGAGAGAAACCUUAUAAAUGUAGCCAAUGUGAUAAAGUGUUUGCUUGUCAAAGUGGUCUCCUGUAUCAUAAAAAAACACACACUGGAGAGAAACCCUAUGAAUGUACUCACUGUGGUAAGGCCUUUGCACAUCACAAUCAUCUUCAAAUACAUAAAAGAACACACACUGGAGAGAAACCCUAUGAAUGUAAUCAAUGUGGUAAAACCUUCGCACGUAACAGUCAUCUCAAAGUACAUAAAAGUACACAUACUGGAGAGAAACCCUUUGAAUGUAAUCAGUGUGGUAAAACCUUUGUAUAUAACAGUCAUCUCCAUGUACAUAAAAGUACACAUACUCAAGAGAAACUCUUUGAAUGUAACCAAUGUGGUAAAACCUUUGCAUGUCAGAGUUAUCUUCGAAAGCAUGAAAGAAUUCAUCCUUGAGAGAAACCCUAUAAAUGUAUUCAAUAUGCUGAAGCAUUUUCACAUUUCUAGAGUCUUCUCUGUCAGGAAGGAAUUCAUACGAGAGAGAAACCUUGUGGAUGUAUUUAAUAUGGUGAAGCCUUUGCACUUUUCUGUAGUCUUCAUCAUCAUGAAAGUAUUUAUAGUGGAGAGAAAUU